GUGAAAACCAGGUGAUUAACGCAGCAAUUUGUAGAAGCUGUGUUGCGGCUGUGUGUGUUUGGCUGAGAUUUAAGCCCGAGCAGCUGCAAACGCCCCCACCUGCCUCCACUUAUCAUUCAAGUCAAUAGGCCAGAUUGACUGGAGAAAAGGACUGUUGCUAUGAAAGGAAAAAACGCUAAGUUAGAAGACACAGUUUGGGAGAAACCAUUCUGACAUCCCUCUCUGCGCGUGAGGAGCCCACCCCACCUCAUCUGUAGUGAGGAGAGCCCAGUCCAGGCAGCCAGCAACCAGCGCGUCUCUGCCUACCAAUAGGCAUGCUCGGCUCAGGCUCUGUGCAGUGCUCUCAGUCUCAGCAGCCGAAGCUGGGCGCAGGGGAAACUGCGACUGCCGCGCCAAGCAUCUUCCCAGUGAUGGCCUCUGCUAAGCAUCCGUGCUCCAGCUUCCACCAGCAGCACUGCGCAUAAGGCAACACACCCACCUUUGCCCUCCUGCCCAGAAGUGAGAGAGACACCACCAUGUACAGCGUGGAGGACCUCCUCAUUUCGCAUGGAUAUAAAUUGCCCAAGAGCGGCCCUCCACCUGCCACGCCUUAUGACAAGCGCCCUGCCGACUGCCAGCGUGAACUUGUGGAUAACAGGACUGGCCGGGGGACACUAAACGGGUAUGAGGCAGACCGGGGGGCAUCUAUCACAGGCAUCUAUGGCACCAGGCAGGCACUGGUAAAGGGUUACCCCACCACAGACCACGAGAGCGGGGAAAGGAACCAAAGGAGAAAAGAAGCCGGUAUUGGUAUCCUAGGUGAUGCUCAGCCCUUGGGUGAUUCUCUUGCCACAGAUAGUGGGUUCUACGAUGUUCCUAGCUUGACUUUUUCAGAGCCACUGAGCCAUGAUGAAAGAGAUAUUUCCUACUGGAGGAGGCGAGGCCAGGACUUUAGCAUCCUCCUGGACUAUGCUGAUGGCAGGGAACUGAGGGCCUCCGCUGGUGCAUGGAGGCCACAAGCCCUGAUUGCAGCAGGAGAACAUAGAGCUGAGAGGCAAGCACAGCAGCUAUGGGAAGACAUUUCCUGGUUAAGGGAUCCAGAUGCAGGUCCUGGUCAGCUUAGGGUAACAGGGGAGAGGAAGUGCCAAAGCCUUGGUACAGAGGAGUGGAGGCCUGCUGUGGGCCUCGGAAGGCAACUGUCAGAUGGGGAUGGGGAUAGGUGGGCUCAGGAACAGUAUCGCUUAAGAACACCUGAGGGUUUUUUUCACCCUAGAACUAAAGCUAAGUCUCAGUCUCUGCCCAGAGUUCUGUCACCUGAUGGACUUGACAGUAGAGAGCUCAUUUUAUCUAGGCCUAGCUUACCGGAUAGACAACAAAGGCUGAACAGCACCGUAUUCUCCGGGCCCUAUAGUAGGUAUAUUUAUAGUGGUGCUUUUGGUAGGGACCGGUGGGGUAGGAACGCUGGGCCAAACAGCCACGUUGCACUUUUACCGAAGCCCAGGUUUAGCAGGCCUUUAAAGCCUCCGUCAUACGAGAUUCACCAGCAGACUAGGGGUAGCGCAGAAAUGCUUGCUAUAGAUCAGGGUGCCAAACAAAAAGACAGGUCUAUCUAUUAUCCGAGGGGUGGGGAGCUGAGACAUGACUACUACGCACAACACUCUGUCCUCUCUGGAAUGGAGCCCCCAGGCUACAUCCCACCCCCUUCUUAUAAAAGAGUCCUACCACCAAGAGCGGUUUCAAUGACCCACAGUGAAAUAGCAAGCCUGAGAUGGAGGGCAGAAACGCUGCAAAUGCACAGCUCAGACCCUGGAAGGUGGCUUUCCAGACAGCCAAGUGGGUCAUGGCUGGAACAUUAUGGAGAUCGUGCUGCAUCCUACCGAAAACAGGUACAGUCUGGACAAGAAGAACAACCAAGUCAACCCCGUCAAUUACCCACUGAAGAACCCAGAGUGAAGCAAAUCUCAGGAGGGCCCAGCGGAAAUUCUCUUACUGACUCAGACAAGCUCCGUAACAUCAACAAAGAGAUUCCAGCCGCUAAGAUUUUAGGACAAUCUACACAUGAUAGUGCCUUUCUUACCCAGCAGGGGCCUGCUCUUAAUACUGAAAGCCGCAAAACAGCUCUCAAUGACAACGAAAGCAGUAAUCGAUGGUGCAACAGGGGAUUAAAUAAAAAAAGUGACAUUAUAGGUCCUGAACAAAACCGUAGUCAGUUUUUUCCUUCAUCUAUUUUGGGUAAACCUCCACCUCCACCAUGUAAGCCGGCUGACCAGAAUGUCUCUGAAACCGUGACCGAGGUGAAAAAGGUGGAACAACCUGAAUUACCAGAGAAAGAAAAAGAGAAGGAGAAAGAGAAAGACAAAUCCAAGAAUCUAAAGAAGAGACUUAGUGAGACAAUAUUUUGUUUGGUAUCUGUCCCUGUUACUCCGCAGCUCACUGGGACAAUCCGUGAUCAGAAUAACAACAAUGAGAAGUCACCAGAUCCAGUGGGCAGUCCAAGUGAUAACAAAACUGGCCAUUUAACAAACCAAAGUCUCCAAAGCACAUCUUCAGCUGAGGCUGAGCUGCAAGCACUAACUGGUAGCAUAGCGAGCAGCAAAACAAGCAGUAGAGCUAGCAGCAAAAUGUUUAAAAAAUUACCCUGUAGACCCCCUAAAAUAAAUCAUUACAAGGAGCUUAAACUGUCAGGAUCCUGGCCUGCAAACCAGUAUCGAGACCAGGAGACACAAACCACCCCAGAGGCCCGAAAACCUGCCUCUGAAAACAAGGAAGCACAACAAGAUCCCGUACCUUCUGGCACUGGCGUCCCUCCUGACAGCAGUGGUGUAGUGGGCACUGCCUUCAGUUUUCCUAUAAAGGGAGUGAAGAGCCUGAAACUGUCAAGCAACAGCGCUUUCUCUCUGACCGCCACCUUCUCUAACCAGCUGAACAAGAGCACAGCUCAGCAGCCAGCAGUAACACCCUCAGGAAAUGUGGAGGAGACCAAACCAGCAGCAAAUAGUGGGCAGGAAUUUGAACAGUUCUUGGUCAAACCGGCCAGCCAGCGACCAUGGGAUGCUGUCAAAGAGCUGGAGAGCAUCAAAAAAGAAGUCCAGGAUCAACAGCAGCAGCAGAGCAGCAAACAGCCCAGUGUUGACAAGUGCAUAGAAGAUCUUAAUGAGGCCUACAAAGACAUUCUUGAGCUAGGCACUGCCAGCAACAAAGUCCCAAAUGGCUCUGUUCAAAUCCCUGAACGUAUCAAAAUCCGACUGGCAUCAGAACCUCUCAACAAGCCCAGCAGCCUCAGGCGCAGUGCAGUAAGCUGGUCUGUUGACCCAGAAUACAGGGAAGUUAAGAGUGCUUUCUCCAGGCCUGCGACAAAAUCUGUAACUUUCAGCAAGCAGCUUAGAGAGGAGCUCCCCGUCCCACCUCGGGAGACAGGAUUCAGAGAAUACAGGGUUGUUGCGCAUCUUUCGCGCAGACGGAGCAAUGAUGGCAGGACAAUUAAACUAGACCUGCCAGAUGAACCUAUCGAGACUCCACUAUGUGACUUCAGUCCAACAACAAACACCGCAGCAGCAGAGGUGCCGUGGGCAGAUAGACAGCCUAUGCAGGAUGCCUCCACUCUCACUAGUCCUCCUGAUUAUGAGGACAUAUGCCAGGCUUUACGGCAAUCUAGAGACCCGGCAGAUGUCAAUAAAGCAACCACAGGCAGUUCCAAACCUAAUGAUUCAGAGCCUUUUCAAGAUCCCAACGUUGAUUCAGAGGACGAGUGCCCUAUUUGUAAAAGAGAGCUUGAGAAUCAGAUGAGACAGGGUCCGUUACCUCCACUUCACGAGGAGAACAGUUCGGACAGCUCAACCAAUCAAAAUGGCAGUCCAGAACAAUGUGCUGCAUUAGAAAGCCCAGCAGAAGGUACAAAGACAGAGGAUCCUAAUGACUCUAGUUUGAAUCAGCCAGGUUCUGACCUGGGUGCUGAGUCGAAGGAGCAGCAUUCAAUGACAGGGGAAGAUGUGGGUGGGGGUGAAAGAAGAGAGGAUGCUCAAGCAGAAAUCUUGAACAAUGUUUGUGCAGUAAAUGCUGAUGAUGGCCAACCAGCGACUGGUGUGACAGAAGACAGUGCAUCCACAACAUUAGCAACUGACGUGUCUGCAGCCCCCCAAAUCUCAGAGAAACCAAGUGAUAGUGAAAACAUAUCUGAUGAAACAGAAUUAGCAAAGAAAGAAAUCGUUACAGGAGAAACAUCUGAAGGCAGUGUAGACAAGGUGACAGCUGAAGUCAAACAGGUAGGUGAGGUACAGGACAGUUCAAUGUCUCACGACGACAAGCAAGAGCAAGAGAAGAAGCCAUUUACUGUCCCAGAGCAUAGACUCGGUCUACGGACUCAUCUGGGGAGAGACCACCCAGGGUUGCCAGAGUUUCCUCCAGACAGACUGCCACUUUCAGUCCCCCCACACCUAGACCGCAGGCUGUCUCUAAGCCUGGAGGGGGAGAGGAGGAGCAGAGGCGCCUCCAAUCGAAUUGAAGCAUUGCAGAACAAGCUGGCUAUUUCUCCAGGUCGGGUGGCAGUUGAGCGCAUGUCCCGGAUGAGGGAUGUGGAUAUUAUGUAUCGCGUGAGGCGCCUCAGCAUAAGAAGUACAGACUCUGGGGAGGCAGAGGGGGAGGGCAAAGACGAACAGGAGGAUGAUCCUCAGCCUUCUACUCAAAAAGACGAGGAGAAAGAUCAAGAGGUCACCAAUGCACAGCAGGUCUCUGAAAAUGCAGUGUUGCGAGAUGAGGAUGCGCCAUCACUUUCAGAAUCCCAUGAUCCCAGCCCAGUGGAGACAGUGUAGAAAAACUACGUCCAUCAUCUCUCUCUGAGUUUUUUAGCUCUAACACUGUGACCUGGCUGCCUACUAGAAUGCCUUCAUCUCAUCUUGACACUGAAAUGGCCUUCUUGUCCGACAAGAGCAUUGUGUACACCCUCACCCUCUGCGCUGCGUUGACUACUAAGAGUGCUGUUCCACUGCCAAAGGGAGGUGUCCCUUUAACUGAAGGGGGCAACUUCCACCCCAAAUCCCUCCCCGGCCCCAAACUGACUUCUCCCUACCCCAUCUGUCCUCCAUCCCGAAGCCCAUCCUCUUAUAGCGUUUCUAAUAGUUAGUCUUCUUGUAGCGGCUUGUCCUUUCUAUUCUAUCUUCCCUAUGCUUUUCUCAUUGGCAGACAUUAUGCAAUUCUGUCAUGCAUAUUAGAACUUCUAAAAUAUCCAUAGUCCGUACAGUUUUUUGCAUUCUGAACAAAUCCGUUUGUUUACGGGCAAGCUAUUAAGGAUAUGAAUGUAAGCGUUUAUGUUUAACCUAACGUAGACAUAGAAGGGUUACUGUCACAGACCUGUUCUGUUGCAUUUAAACUACACCAAAAUAAACUGCAUAUGUGACUGUCAUGGUGAGGUGACAGCUGUUUUAGAACUGGACAUCACUGUCUCUGGCUCAAGAACUGUUUUGAUUUUCAGAUGAGAUAAAUCAGCCUUGCUUUUUUUAGAUUUUGAUGACAUUGUGCCCUCUCUCAUCGCUUUUGUACACACUGCAAGCGUAACCCAUUGAGCUCUUCAAUGAAGAGUGACUCUAUACCACAAGACAUGAUAGAUCAGUGACCUAUUAUAUAAACAUUCUACAUUGGUUCUACUGGAGAGGGAGAAUUGCCUUCUUCAACCAGACCUGUUUCCUGGUUGGACCAGGUGAAGUCGAGGCUUGGUUCCCUGGUCAAUCUGAUGUAUAGCUCCCAUUUCCAGGUAAUUUCAGGAAGCAAUAAAGGCACCGACUGAGUUGAAGUGGGGGUGAUGGUCAGCAACUUUGAUAAAAUGAAAGACAGAUAAAGGAAUAUAGAAUUUAAAAAAAAAGAUACGUAGAGCAAUAUUGUUGUACAAACAGCUCAGUGGUGUAGUGGAGCUACCUGUAGGAACCAUUGUCAGGAGUUUUAAUGAACAUGUCAUUCAAAUCAUAUUACAGGGAUAUGGAAUUGUGUCAGGGUAUAUGGGCGCUUUACUUCAUGAUCAUACACCUGUAUCGCAAAGAGACAUUUCACUGAAUAUUUAUUUUUGUUAUCAUCAAAUUGUUAAUCGGUUUGCAUAAUGCACAAAAUAAAGUAUAUUUUAAAUAUUUUAAGAGAUAUUUUGUAUUUAACCAUAAAAUUUUAUUUCUUCGCGCCUAUAUCAAGCUGAAUUAUGUUAUGUCUGUAUAGUAACAUAUUGAGACUAAACAUAAUUUUCUAGUGCUUUAAAAUCUAAGGGAGUGAUAGCGCAGGAAGGGAUGACCCUGUGGUGUGCCUUGACCACACGGUUCGGUUCCAGUGAGCGAUAGGGUUCAUCACUGCGAGUGUUGAUGUGAGGGAAACGUUUUGAUUGUGCCAUGAUUUCAUAUUUGAUAGUGCUUUUCAUUACGCUAACAGUCAGUCAGUGUUGGACGCUCCUUGUGAUAUUUGAUACAUAAAUCCAUCUCAGCUGUAUUUUUCACGUCGGUGAUCAGACAUUAUCUGUGUCUACGUUUUUAUUUUGUAUGUCUUCCAAUUAAAAUUAUGUAUUGAUCUGUUGUUGAGUCUCGAGUUUAGGAAUAAAACCAGUUUUUUUCUUCCUUAUAUUCUACUUUUCUCUCCUACUAAUUCUCUACUUUCGUUCUUUGUUUGUUUCAUUGUGCAGCGUGAUCAUUUUGUGUGUAUUGUCCUGCUGUCACUAAUACUCACUGCACUACAGGACCUGAUGCAGUAUGUUAUUACUGGCUAGAAACCACAUAUUUGCAAAAGUAACAUUUUUUUAACUACAGGGUUUUAAUAAAUUUUAAAAUGAUAACUCAAAAUAUAACGUGUAAUGAUACCAAUUAUACUUUGUGAGGAAAAAGCAGUUUGCAUUUAUGUGGGUUUUUAAAAACAGCAACAUUGAACCAGUGUAACUUAACUGCUCUGUAGAAAUCCAUCACUCCAUUCAUCAUGUGUCACCUAAUCGUUAUGUAGCAUUUUGCAGUUGUAGCAUUUUAUCAACUCAGAACUUUGUCUUAGGAUUUCAAACAUUACUUCACUUGUAAAUUCGAAACAAUCAUGUCGCCUUAUUCUAUGUGCAUUACAUUAUACUCCAGGCAAUGCCAAAUAUCAACGUACUAAGCACUGUUUCACACCUUAGGUUUCUACAAACAACUUACUGUUCUGACAUCCCUCUGGCUGGAGAGGUACAGUAGCAUUGUGGAUAGUUUCUGCUCUUCAUGCUGUUUAUCUGUAGGAACAUUGAGUCAAAACUGUGAAUUUCAAAUGUUAUUUAAAAAAAGCUUAAUUAUAAAACUGUACAGGACGAGAUUCAGUGUUUUGAACAAAAGCUCCUAGUCAGCAUCACAGGGAGGACAAGCUGGCACGCCCAUAAUUACUAACAUCUCAUUUUCAAUUCAUUUUGAAGACUGAAAGGCCUUCGCUUCAGUCUUGUGUGUAAACUGCCCCUAACAACAUUUAAGAAGCUAUUUCAGUACAUACGCCCCCAAAUAAUUGGCAUGUCGGGUACACUUGAACAUAGUGUCAUGUGACUUUUUGUACUGCAGGUUAUGUGCAACAUGAAGUAAUUAUGCACACUUGUAAUAUUUUCUAUUUUCAUAUGAGAUUUAAGUGCUUUUUGUACUCACUGACAUCUUUUUUUCUUCCUUGCAUGGAAUGCAAGAGAGAGGAGGAAAAAAAAUGUUUUUCAUAAAGUAUAUUUGCAUUUGGUACUCCAAUAGUAAAACCAGUGGGCAAAACAUUAUGUUUCAUAAUUUAAUUUAUAAAACUAUGCCAAGUAUUUAAAAGCUAUUUUUAGAGUAAAUCAAAAGAGAACUCAUUCAUUUUUUCUUCUUUCUUUAACACAUGCCUUUAUCUUUGUAUCUAUAAAUAUGAGCAUAAUCCAUAGUCAUAUGAUUGUGCUACUGUUGUAUGAUACUGCAGUCUGAUUCAUAAAUAAACUCUUUGCAUGAA